AUGUCGAAUCAGACGCCCACGUCUCCUUCACUCUCUGAUUCGGGGGAUGAUGAUUCUCUUAACACUGUUUUAAGUCCAAUAUCUCCUUUUGCACAUCUAGAUUUGGAAACUCCAAAGCCUCCGAAAACAAAAGCUUUGGGUAAACAUCUGACGGAAAACAACAAUGCCAUUAAUCAAGACGAGUUCUCUACCCCCACUGCUCGCCCAGAAAAAGGAAGAAGGGUAUUGAGCGAAGGAGAGGCCCCUCUACAAAGUGAAUCUGAAGAAACUCAUCAAUUAACCCCGCGAAGUCCAGGUUCUACCUCUAAUACUAGCUGGAUGCUAACGCGAGGAGGAUUGUUUGAUAGUCCUAUUUAUGAUCUAAAGUCUGUCACACAAAAUUCCAACUUAAUCGCUGAUCUAAGGGCGGUCCGAUCAAAGUUGGCGACCUUAGAGCAUGAAAAUGGACUCCUUUCAAUGCAAUUAAUGUCAGAAUCAAACCGUGAAGGUUGGGAAAAGGAUCCUUCGGACAUAGAUGCUUUAGCGUCUAGUGAAGAUUAUCAAUAUUUUCAAAAGAAGGUUUCAGAAUUAGAAUCAACCUUGUCAUCUAAGCAAUCUGAAGCUUAUGAGUUGUCAAGACAGCUCUUAAAUGUCACGCAAAGGCUUGACCAAAGGGAAAAGGAAUAUGAGACUGUAGUUCAAGAUGUGAAAAUGAUGAAGGAUAAGGUGGAUCACGAUCAAGUCUCAAAUUCUGACCUUCGCGCUGAGCAAGAAAGACUACAAAGACUAUUAGUCAGUUCGAAUAAUACGAUUGGGUCCUUGAGACAGGCAGAAACUAGCUUACGUAGCCAGUGCAAAGAUUUAGAAGAAAGAAUGUCAGCUUUGAACGAAUCAAAUUCCAAUAAGGAUGAAAUCAAAGCUUAUGAAGAGAAGUUGCAGGAUCUUUCCAAUCAACUCAAAUCAAAGGAACAUAUCAUUGAAACUUUGAGAGAAGACAAUCAAUCGUUCAAGGGUGCUUCCACGGACAAUUCUGAACUUGCCGAGAAAAACAGAAAAUUAGAAAAGAUCCUCAGAAGCUCUAUUUCUAGUUUAAAAGAAUCGAAAGAAGACAGUACGAGUAUGCAAAAGAAAAUUCGUGAUUUGGAAGGUCGUUCUAGCGAUUUGCAAUCUAAACUAAAAGCUCUGGAGGAUGAGACAGGCGAAUUUGAUUCUGUUAAGCGACAUCUUCAAGCUAGCUUAGAAGAAUCGAACCACAAGCUUUUGGAAAAGACUAAGAAUUUAACUAAUGCGAAUCAACAACUUCAGGGACUUGAAGCUCGUAUUACGGAUACCAAUAAUAACCUCAGUUCGAUCACAUAUGAGCGCGAUCAAAAUUCUUUGGAGAUCAAGGAUUUGCACAACAGGAUUACAGAAUUGCAGAACUUGGUUACUUCCUCUUCCAAGUCUCUAGAAAUGAGUCAAAGUACUACAGCGCAGAAAGAGGAUGAGUGUUCUAAACUAAAUUCGUUGCUUGAGAAAAAAGAACGCUUAAUAUCUGAAUCUGAGAAUGAACUUAUAAGUACAAAUCAGUAUAUUGAUACGUUGAAAGAUCAAGUUGCUAAGUACGAGGACAACAUCGAAAAUUUAACUUCAGAGUUGAACGAAAGAAGAAACGUUAUAAACAAGCUUGGGGAUGAAUAUAAAAGUUUAAGUGUAUCUAGAGAUGAAGAACGAGCUGAGAAGGAACAUGCUCAGAAGGCAGUUGGAGAUGUCCAAGAACUAUGUAAGGCAUUUCAAGAUAGAUUAAAGGAAUCAACCGUAAAUAUGCGGAACAUGGAAAAGCUGCUGGAAGAAUCUCAAAGUACAAAUAUACAUGAGGCUGAUGAUCUCAAAGAAGAACUAAAUGAGAUAAAAUCAUCUCUAAACGAAAAAGAUUCUUACAUUCAUCAUCUGAAUGAACAAAUUGCGUCUUUGGAGACAGACUUUAGUGACCUUCAAGUCAAAAAUGAAGCGCAAAAACAGAGUCAUGAGUCUCUAAAGACAAGUUUUGCAGAGUUACAGAAGAAAUUGAAGUACUCACAAGAAGUGAAUAAUGACAUGGAAAGUCAAAUCAAAACUCUUAGGGACUCUUUGUCCAAGCUAGACGAGACCGAAGGUUCUCUCAAAAGACUUGAAGAGCAUAAUCAGAAUUUAAGUGAUCAACUGAAUGGUUACAAGAAUCAAGUAGAAGAGAAAGAAAACUUAAGCAUUGCCCAUGAAGAUUUAAGAAAGUUGAAGGAUAAUCUUGAAAGUAAGCUUAAUUCCUGCCAAAGAUUAUAUGAUGAUUCACAGUCUGAAAUAUCUCAGUUGAAGUCUGUGAAUGAAUCUUUAGAGGCUAAGCACUCUACAUUUAACUCUUCUUUCGAAAAAAUUUCAGAUGAAUUGCAAAAUGUAAUAGAAAUGAGAGAUGAAACUUACAAAGACUAUUUCCGGCUUAAGGAAUGCUUGUCAUCUUUGACAGAAGAAUAUAAGGAGCUUUCAGUUGACUAUUCGGCAUUGAAGCAGAAAUUUCAAAAUUCUGAGGGGUUUAAUAAUAAUCUUCAGCUUACAUCCUCUAAACUUUCUGAGGAGAGUAAGCACCUCAAAUCUUCUCUUCAAAAUGUUUUCUCUUCCCUUUCGGAAACUAGAGUAGAGAUGAGUUCUUUGACUGAGGCUAAUUAUAGACUUCAAGGUGAGUUAGCUGUGUUGCGAAGCAAUCAUGAAGGCGUUACUAAUCAGCUUAAUUCUGAUCGAGAGAAGUUUAAUGAAACUAAUGGUCUGUACGAGUCCUUAAUACAAUCGGCUACAGAAACAGAGAAAAGCUUACGAGCCGAAAAAGACGAUAAUGAUGAAAAGGUUCACACAUUAGAACAAGAAAAGGAAGCUUUGUUUAAAGAAAAAGAAGAUUUAAACCAGAAAGCAUGCUUGCUGGCAGAAGAACUUGAAGAGAAUAUAAAGAAGUUGUCUAACUUGGAUGCUGUACACAACUCACAAGAGGAAGAAUUUAAGAUUUUAAAAGAUGAGCUAUCUGAAAAAUCGCAAAGUCUUGACCAGACUAUGGAGUUGGUAAAGCAUCUCAAGGAGGAGAAGUCUACGAGUGACAUAGAGUUCAAACAUAUCGUGUCUUCGAAAGAAAAUGUGCAAGAAGAACUAAUUACUUUGAAAGAAAAAUUGGUAACCUUAGAGCAGUCCUUGAAAGAUCAAAGUGCUGAGAAGGAAACUUUAAGUCAACAGCUCAUGAAAUCCCAAGAUAAUAUUUCUGCCCUAGAGAAAGAUCAAGAAAGUGUAUUGUUUGAGAAGAAUAAACUUCAAAAGCUUAAAGAUGAUACUGAGCAGGCCCUUAAUUCUGUCCAACAAUCUCAUUCUUUUCUAUCUGAAGAACAUCAUUUACUACGCGAUGAAUACCGAUCUUUGGAGGAUGCUUUUUCUAAGUUGAAAGAAUUGAAUCAGAAGUUGAUAGAAAAAAUUAGCUACGCUGAAGACUCAAGUAAACAGCUUGAAGAAAAGAAUGCCAUUAUGGAUAAUAAACUUUUGGUUGCUACAAGUCAAAUAACGGAGACAGAAGCUGCGAUGUCACAGAAAUGCAAAGAAUUUUCUGAGCUGCAGAACGAAAAAGAUUUCCUUAGUCAACAGCUCUCUGAGGCUGAAGAUUUGACUAAACAACAUCAAGAAAAGAAUGCCAUUUUGGAUAAUAAACUUUUGGAUGCUACAAGUCAAAUAACGAAGACGGAAGCUGCGAUGUCACAGAAAUGCAAAGAAUUUUCUGAGUUGCAGAACGAAAAUGAUUUCCUUAGUCAACAGCUCUCUAAGGCUGAAGAUUUAACUAAACAACAUGAAGAAAAGAAUGCUAUUUUGGAUAAUAAACUUUUGGUUGUUACAAACCAAAUAAGGGAGGUAGAAGCUGCGAUGUCACAGAAAUGCAAAGAAUUUUCUGAGUUGCAAAAUGAAAAAGAUUUCCUUAAUCAACAGUUCUCUGAUGCUGAAGAAAAUAUUUCUUCACUUCGUGAAGUUAUUGGUCAGUGUGAAAGUAAUAAGAAGGAAUUGUUGACAAAGAUUGAUACCCUAGGAAAAGACAAUGAUGAGCUGAACAGUCUGAAGAUAGCAUUCUGUGAAGCAUAUAGUUUUUUGAUCAAUUCAACCAAAAUUCUGCCUUCAGUUGAUGUUUCGGCAUCAAGUCUGAAAGAUCCAUCAGAAAUAAAGAAGGCGACUUCUGUAUUUAUAAAAUGCUUUAACGAUUUGAGUAGCAUGUUACAGAAGAAAGAGAAAGAGUUACAUGACAGCAAUCAAGGUGCUGACAAGCUAUCGAAUGACUUGAGAGACGUCAAAUCAGAUCUGGAUGCACUCACACAGUGUUUCAAUAAUACUCAAGAAGAUUAUAAUUCUCGUGAAAACAGUUUGCUUACCCAGCUAAGAGAAUUGAACUUGCAAGUUGAUUCACACUCGAAAUCAAUUGAAAAUGAUUAUUUGGAAUUACAAAGAAAGGACGAGUUUAUUGAUAACUUAAACCAAAAAAUAAGCAAUUUGCAAAGAGAACUGGAAAUCAGCAACGAGGAAGUUAACACUCAAAGAUCAGAUUCAGAAAAGAAACAAGCACUCGUAAGCGAGUUGACUGAAAAGGUUGAACUUAUAACCAAAGAAAAACGAUCGCUAUCAGAAGAGUUAACUAGCAUGAAAGAAAAAGUAAGCGAUAGAUUGUCCGCAACUAAGGAAGAGCUUCAUUCUGCUCUGAAGGAUCUGACAAAGAAAACCAAUGAAACUAAGGAAAUGAGUAUUGACUUGAAGAAUGUGAAAAAACAAAGUGAUGAACAUGUAAAAUUGAUUAAGCACUAUCAAGUUGAUUUGCGAAAAUCAUCGAAUACGAUAGAGCAGCAUUUAGCAACUAUUGUUUCCCUUAAAAAAAUAUUAUCCGAAAAUAAGGAAGAACUGGAAGCCUCUUCUAAGGAGACCAAUGCUUUAGUUCAAAACUUAGAAGCUGAGAAAGGAAGAUUUUUGGAGGAUUUGGAGCUAAAGCGUGCAUUGAUAACAGAGCAGGAUGAGAGGAUCGAAUCCCUCCAACAAUCCAAGGACAACUCUGAAAAUGAAAUGGCCACAUUAGAAGAGGAGUUUCAUACAUUGAAGGAUGCUAGCAAAGAGCAUGUCCAGAAAUUGCAGGAUACCGAGUACAAGGUAAAUAAUCUUCAAAGCUUACUUGAUAGAAGCAAUGAAGAGCUUUUAUUCAAAGAGAAGCAACUUAAAGAAUUACAGUCUGUUCAAGAAUCAUUGACUUCUGUCCAAAAUGAGUUUAAAUUAAAAUGCAGUAAUCUAAGCUCGUUAGAGGACAUUUUAACAGGAACGCAAGCACAUAACACAGAGCUCGAAGGAGAAGUCAAACGUUCUAUGGAGAGAAUUAAGAGAAGAGAUGAUCGUUGUGACCAUUUGGCUUCCAAAGUAAAGAAACUACAUCAGCAAUUAAGUCAACAGCAUGACACAUUUUUCGAAGCCGAACAGAAGCGUAUCUUGCAAUUGAGCAACCUGAAGGACUUCGUAAAGAAGCAGGAUAAGCACUUAAAGAAGCUUGCUCAGAAACAGGACGAAUUGAUUCCCAGAAGCACUAUAUUAGUCUACGAGUCUUAUAUAAAGGAUAUUGAGAAAGAAAUUAUAAUUCUUCAAGAACGUUUGAAUUCUCUAGAGUUAUCGCAGCAAGUACCGAGAGGAUUAUUUAGGUUUUUUGGGGGAAGGACCAACACGUUCGAACCAGAAGUUAUGGAAGUCUUCAAACGACAACUUGGAAAGUUACAAAACAUUGUUGGCCCUAAAUUUUCUGAUAAGUUCAAAGAAGAUUUAGAUCAUUGUAUAAUCGACGAAAAGAAUCGUCAAGCUGCAUAUUUUGAUUAUAAGCAAAAGGCUGACCAUUUAGCAGAAUGUCUUCAAGCUUUGCAGUAUGCUUUAGACAGGGAGAUUAAUUUUAAGAAGUCUUUGGCAUUAUGGAAAACGGCAUGCUAUGAUGGUUUGAAAAAGUAUUAUCCUGAAGUACAAUUUGAGAAGUUGCUCGAUGGUUCUCAUGAUAACGAAGAAGUUAGAAGGCCAUCCCUGCGGUCAGUUUUCCUGUGUGUCAUGUCAUUACAGCGCUUAAGAUGCUUAGGAGAAAAUCAUUCUUACUAUGGAAAAACUAUUAAAAGUAUUGCCUAUUAA